UGGGAUGUGGCCGCCGCGGGUACAGCCGGGGGGGGAAAAGGGGGAAAGGGGGGGUUAUUUUUAUAAACGGGGUGUCCGGCUGUACACGUAGGUGGGGGUCGAAGGGCGUAGCGUUUUGCGGUGGGUACCUACGUACCGAGUGGUGUCGACCUCGCAAGAGACGGCCGUUACCAAGUAACAAGUGACUAACAACGGUGGCGACAUCGGCAGUCGACACGACCCGAGAGGAGGACGCCUCAAGGCUAGCCCUAGAUGACGCAUAACCGGCCCGGAAAGAACACGGGCUUAUCGCUCUCGGACCCUUAUAACUGUCCUUCUCCCCCGACCGCUACCUCGUGACGCGCGCAUGCGACGGAUUCGUCCCGAGCCGACUCGAGUGCAACACUUAUCCGACGUUGCGUGCCCUGCAUAUAUAUAGGCGAGCCGGGCACUCGGUGGUAUAUACUAUAUUCCCCGCUGUACACGGGGUUGCUUGAACGCGCCAACCCCACGCUCCUCAUCCCAGUUACUCCCCCCCCACCCUUCUCCCCCGUUACCCGCUUACACCCCCCCAACUCCCCCCGCCGGGACCAAGGCGUGUUGCGACCACCCGGCACAAGGAGCAGCAAGAUGGGCGCUGCCGGCCGCAAGGACCGCGGCAUCCGCAUCGCCAUCGACCGCGGCGGCACCUUCACCGACUGCGUCGGGACGCUGGGCGGCCGGGACGUGGUCAUCAAGCUGCUGUCGGAGGACCCGGCCAACUACGCGGACGCGCCGCUCGAGGGCAUCCGGCGCAUCGUGGGCCACUUCGAGGGCCGCGACGUCCCGCGGGGCGAGGCGCUCGACACGUCGCGGAUCGACGGCAUCCGCAUGGGCACCACGGUCGCGACCAACGCGCUGCUCGAGCGCAAGGGCGAGCGCAUGGCGCUCGUCGUCACCCGCGGCUUCCGCGACUGCCUCGUCAUCGGCAACCAGAGCCGGCCCCGCAUCUUCGACCUCGCCAUCAGGAAGCCCGACGUCCUGUACGAGGCCGUCGUCGAGGUCGACGAGAGGGUGACCCUCGAGGACUACGCCGAGGACCCCGAGCGGCGGACCACCGACGCCGCCGCGAGGGCCGGCACCGCCGACGCCGCCCGAGCCGACCUCGUCACCGGCCUCUCCGGCGAGACGGUACGCGUCCUGCGCCGGCCCGAAGAAAGCCAGAUCCGCAAGGACCUACAGCGCGUGUUCGAUAGGGGCAUCAAGAGCAUCGCCGUAUGCCUGAUGCACGGCUACACCUUCCCGGACCACGAGGCGCUGGUCGGCACCAUCGCCAAGGAGAUCGGCUUCGAUCACAUCUCGCUCAGCCACGAGCUCAUGCCCAUGAUCAAGCUGGUGCCGCGGGCGACGAGCGUCUGCGCCGACGCGUAUCUGACACCGACGAUCAAGAAAUACAUCACCGGGUUCCAGAAGGGGUUCGCCGGCGGCCUGGGCACGCGCAGCGUCAUCCGGGAGGGAGGCAGCCGGGGAGCGCGGUGCGAGUUCAUGCAAAGCGACGGUGGGCUGGUCGACGUGGAGAAGUUCACCGGCUUGAAGGCCAUCCUAUCCGGGCCGGCAGGCGGCGUGGUCGGCUACGCUAUCACAAGCUACGACGAGGAGGCCAAGAUCCCCGUCAUCGGCUUUGAUAUGGGCGGCACUAGUACCGAUGUCUCGCGGUACGGGGAGGGACGGUAUGAGCACGUCUUCGAGACCACGACGGCCGGAGUCACCGUCCAAUCGCCCCAGCUCGACAUAAAUACCGUGGCUGCUGGGGGCGGUAGUAGACUCUUCUUUAAAAACGGCCUAUUUGUCGUUGGACCCGAGUCGGUCGGUGCCCACCCGGGCCCCGCCUGUUACCGCAAGGGCGGGCCCGCGGCGGUAACGGACGCAAACUUAUUCCUCGGCCGUCUCCUGCCCGAGUUCUUUCCGAAGAUCUUCGGCAAGAACGAGAACGAGGGCCUAGACUUUGAAGCGAGUCGGAAGGUUAUCCAGGAUCUCGCAGACCAAGUCAACAAGGAGACUGGCAAAAACAUGAGCUUGGAUGAGGUAGCGUAUGGCUUUCUUACGAUAGCUAACGAGGCCAUGACAAGGCCGAUCCGGUCCAUCACCGAAGCAAAAGGUCACGAUUCCUCAAAACACCGGCUGGCCACGUUCGGUGGCGCCGGCGGACAGCAUGCGGUCGCCAUCGCGGAGGCUCUGGGCAUCAAACAGAUACUUAUCCACAAGUAUUCCUCCGUACUGUCUGCCUACGGCAUGGCCUUAGCAGACGUAGUCGACGAAAGACAAGAGCCGGAAUCGAAGGUGUGGCAAGAUGGGGGCGAGGCAGUCAAGGAGCUCAAGGCCAAGAUGGAGAGGUUAAAGGAGACAUCGCGCGCAACCCUUCGGGGCCAAGGAUUCGAAGAUAGCGAUAUCGUCUUCGAGGAGUACCUCAACAUGAGAUACCGCGGGACAGAGUCGGCCCUCAUGAUCGUCAAGCCGAGCGAGGAGGAUGCAAAGGCGUCCGACGGCGACGGAGAUUGGGCGUUCGGUAAAGCGUUCGUAGCUCGCCACCGCUACGAGUUUGGAUUCACUCUAGACGAUAGAGACAUUAUCGUAGACGACGUAAGAGUCCGUGGUAUCGGCAAGAGCUUCCGGUAUCAGGAUAAGACCGUAGACCAGCAGUUGAAGGAAGUGAAACGCCAAGCCGUCGACGACAAGAAGGUAUUCGGCAAAUCCCAAGUCUAUUUUGAGGGCGGGAGAGCGGAUACGCCGAUCUAUAAGCUCGAAGACUUGUCGGUUGGCGACGAGAUCAACGGACCAGCCAUGCUCGCAGAUGGCACACAGACCAUCGUCGUGACUCCAAGGGCAAAGGCCCUUAUUCUCGAGACGCACGUUAUUAUCGAUCUGGAGAGUAAUAAUAAGGACGACUCCCAUAAAAAGGAUUCGUCGGAACGCGAGGUGGAUCCUAUCAUGCUGAGCAUCUUCGGCCAUCGUUUCAUGGCCAUUGCCGAGCACAUGGGCAUGGCCCUCCAGAAGACGAGCGUCAGCACGAAUGUCAAGGAACGCCUCGACUUCUCCUGCGCCAUAUUCGACGCUACUGGAGGGCUAGUUGCGAACGCGCCUCACUUGCCCAUCCACCUCGGAUCCAUGUCGACAUGCGUCAAGACGCAGGCCAAGAUCUGGGAGGGCAAGCUGAAGAAGGGAGACGUGAUCAUCUCAAACCACCCGUCGUACGGGGGCACGCACCUGCCGGACAUCACGCUCGUCAUGCCCGCGUUCAACGAGAAGGGAGACGAGAUCCUGUUCUACGCGGCAUCGCGCGCACACCACGCAGACAUCGGCGGCAUCACGGCGGGUAGCAUGCCGCCGCAUUCGCGGGAACUGUUCCAGGAGGGCGCCUCGAUCAAGAGCGAGAAAAUUGUCAGCGAGGGCAAAUUCAAUGAGGAGAGAAUUAUAGAGCUGCUCUACAAAGAGCCUGCACAGUACCCGGGAAGCAGCGGCACCCGGUGCCUGGCGGAUAACCUCAACGAUCUCCGAGCCCAGGUCUCCGCGAACCAAAAAGGUAUCUCCCUCAUAGAGGGUUUGAUACAUGAGUAUGGCGAGGAUACGGUGCAAUUCUACAUGGUGAACAUACAGAAGAACGCAGAACUCUGCGUCCGACGGCUGCUCAAGCAAGUCUACGCGAGGUUCGAAGGAAAGGACCUCUCGGCGGUUGAUCACAUGGACGACGGGACGCCAAUCCGGCUGCGCGUCACUAUCGACCCGGAGAAGGGCGAAGCAGACUUCGACUUCGACGGUACGGGGCCUCAAGUCUACGGCAAUACCAAUGCGCCGGAGGCUAUUACCUUUAGCGCCAUCAUAUAUUGCUUGCGCUGCCUGAUCUCGGAAGACAUACCUCUCAACCAGGGCUGUCUGAAGCCUAUCAAUGUGAAAAUCCCACCUAGAUCGCUUCUGUCGCCGGCGACGGGCGCCGCGGUGGUUGGGGGCAACGUGUUGACCAGCCAGCGAGUCACGGAUGUCAUCUUCAAGGCCUUUCAGGCAUGUGCCGCGAGUCAGGGGGACUGCAAUAACCUGACGUUCGGCUUCGGUGGUAACGUCUCGGGCGAAGCGGAGGUCAAAGGCUUCGGCUACUACGAGACGAUCGCCGGCGGUAGCGGCGCGGGGCCCGACUGGGAAGGCACCAGUGGCGUGCACACACAUAUGACCAACACGCGCAUCACGGACUCGGAAGUGUUCGAACGGCGAUAUCCCGUCAUCUUGCGCCAGUUCUCCAUCCGCACGGGCUCCGGUGGCAAGGGGCAACACCGGGGCGGCGACGGCGUUGUCCGCGACAUCGAGUUCCGCAUACCCCUGCAAGUGUCGAUCCUCAGCGAGCGCCGCGUCUACCGGCCGUACGGCAUAGCCGGCGGCGAGGACGCCGAGUGCGGGCUCAAUAUCUGGGUGCGCCGCGUGCCGAAGACGGGCCCCGAGGCGGACUUGGCGCCGCUAGGUGACCAGCGGCAAGAAAAAGGAGGCAAUGAUGACGCCGUCGAGUACGAGGAGCGGUACAUCAACUUGGGCGCCAAGAAUAGCGCGCCUAUGAAGCCUGGCGAUCGCAUUAUCAUCAACACGCCCGGUGGAGGGGGCUGGGGUAAGGCUGGAGAUGAGAAGGUAGAGAGGGAUCGGAGGGAUCACACCGAGGCUUGGAGGAAGGGCAGUCAUGCGGCUAGACAGGAUGCCGCGCUGCAGGUGUAGGGCACUGUACGUAAAGGGGGUUUGGCUUAAGGCCAUCCGCUCGCAUGUGAAGGGGAAAAGGGGGGCUAAGGGGUGGUUGA